AUGAGCUUGACGCUUACCGCUACUGUUCCUAGGGCCACCGUCAUCGACCUCGCGGGCGACGAGCCGCCGCUCAAGAGGCGACGCGUCGAGGAUCUCGCUGGCGACAAGGAGAGCCUCCGGGCUCGCGUGCAGGAGCUUGUGCUCCCGCUCGUGAGCCAUGCUGUGCAGGGACUCUCGCGGAGCGUCUACCGCGUAGACGACAUUGCGGUUCAGGCUGUCGCGACGCUGGCCAGGAGCCCCGUCUUCCGGAUCAAAAGCGAAUUCAAUCGGACGCAAGCCGCUGCGCAGACAGUGGACGUUAUCAAGGGGCUAGCUGCGCGUCCCGAAUUUCGCGUACAAACGAAGACUCCCCCGACCCCUCCUCCUAGCCGCCUGCUCGAACCUCCAUCGCCCUUGCCGGGUGCUGUUCUCGAUGUCGAAUCUCAGCCUUUCCCCCCGCUUGUCCGUGUCACCAAGGCCGUUGCUCGCACGGCCGGCCAGAGGAGUGCAUUCCGGGAGCAGUACGCACAAAGGCUUGCCAGGAGGGACCGACAGACGCCAAGCUCCCAACGGCCUGCGAGGAACAGCUGGUUUAGCCACAAAAAGCGGCCAUAUCUCGCCGCUGCGGAACGGGCUCUGAUAGCCAGCGGAGUUGGCCUUGCAAUUCCGGCCUCGGCCGCUACCGAUUUCCCUCAAGUCUACCACGUCGACUUUACGCAACGAGAAAUCGAGGAGAUAUUCGAGCAUCUGCAAAAAUAUAUCCCCACUCCCGGUAAGCCCACGGCCGAGUCUCUGAAGUCGCUCGCAUAUGAACACAAUGUUCAUGUUGCGUCGAUCGUGGGCAGCGCUGUCGCAGGUCGCAGUGCGGAAGAUGUGAGGAACUUCUGCUCAGACCUCAUGGCCGGCACCGCCAGGAUCUCUGACAACCAACAAGUCCUGUCACUAGACCGUGCCACUGAGCAGCACCGGACAGACCGUCGCGCCAGUCGCGUCUCGUCACUGCUGCUCGCACGGGAGAUGGAGGGCAACGCUGGGUUUGGUCGCAUGCGGCGCUACGAAAACUUCCAAAACGAGUUCAAGCGAGCACAUGAGGAUGGCAUGGCGCUGGUAGCCGAGUUCACCAAUUGUGCGGGCGACAUUUCGACCAUGUCGUGGGUGCCAGACGGCAACAUCAUCUGCGGCGCGACUGCGCAUUCAGACACCCACAACCAACAGUACAACAAGCCAGGAAACCUCGUGCUUUGUUCGACGUCGCAAGGUAUCCUUCGCGCGUUUGCGGAUCACCGGAUACCGCGGCCGCUUGUCGAGAAGGGCGAAAACUCGACCGAAGCCAUGCGGCAAAGUCAAGAUCCCUGGCUCUACUCGUCCGUCGUCUCAUCCGACUACGACCAAGUCCACGGCCGUGCCUUCACGUCGAGUUUCGACCGAACGGUCAAGGUGUGGCAAGUCGCCAAGAGCGGUGAAACAAUGCAGUCCAUUGCGACUUGGAAGCACGAUGGUAAUGUCAACUUUGUCGCAGCAGCAAAAGACGGCUCAGGUCGCGUGGCCUCCGCGGCGGACGUCCCGACGAGAGCCGUCCGCAUAUACACAGUCAAUCCAGACGACGUUGCUCACAGCCCGUAUCAGGCCAUCUCCUGCACUCGAACGGACGCUGACGGCUCCGAUAAGUGGGCGUACUUUCCCGCAACCAUGCAAUGGGGGCGGGCGCCGGGAACCACACAUCUCUUGGUUGUUGGCUACUCGCCCCGCAGCCUCACAAACGAUGAUCACGACAUUCCAGAAGACAAGCGAAACUCGGGAGAAAUCAUGAUGUGGGACGCUGCGAAAGGGUGCCGAGCCGCUGUCAUGACGGCCACAACUGCCAACGUCUUCGAGGUCGCGUGGCACCCUCAGCUUCCUCGAUUCAUAGUCGCAACAUCACCUUCUGGACUGCUUGUCGAGCAGCACGUCCGAACUCAGAUCCAUGUCUUUCAGCGCGACCGUGAGCGGGGAGACGACGAUCUGGCGUACACGGAGUUUCAGAAGCUGGAUUGCCCAGCCAUAGACAUCAACGAGCUGACGUACAUGCCCAACUCACUUCUCCACGCCUACGUCACGGCCGCAUGUACGGACGGAAAUGUCUACGUCUGGGACACGGCGCAGGGGGACCGUCCGAUCCACACCCUAAAACACGCCGAGCCGUUGGAGGAUUUCUUCACGCACGACCGGGAAAGGGAGGACACCGGCGUGAAGUUUACAGCGUGGGGCGCGUCGGCGGAUAGGUUUUACACGGGGUCCAGCGACGGGGCCGUUAAAGUGUGGAACGUCCGCAACAGGCGCAAGCCGUUUGUGCGGAACCUGUUGGAGGCUCCCGCGCCUAUAUCGUGCGGCGAGUUCUCGCCGGGCAAGACGCAAUUAGCCAUCGGCGAUGCGUCGGGACGCGUGUUUCUAUUCUCGGUCGAUGAGCGAGACGAACAUGAAACGCACUUCAUGACGCUUCCAGGGACGAAUCGCAGAAUCAGGCGGCCGAAGCCGUUCCUCCCGCACCCGGAGCCCCCGCCCCCGGAGCUGAGCGCCGCUCCGGACGAAAGCCCGGGUCGAAUACACCUCGAUGCUACGGACCGAUCGAUAGCCGCGUAUGCCCAUCAGACUUAUAUAGCCUCGGGCCAGCUCGUCCUGACGCGCAACCCAGUCAUCGGCGCGGUCCAAGGCCCAGCCUACGCAGCUACAAACCUCUUCCGCCGCGAAGCCCACCUCGACGACGACCCCUCCGGCCCGCUAUUAACCGAAUUCGAGCGUCACCAGCGCGACACCCUCGCCCGCUGCCGCGGCCCCCGCCGCCGCUCGCAGAUGCGCCUCCAGAAGAUCCCACCCCCGCCUAACACCGACCACCUCGGCUGGUACGAUCAAGCUACCAUCUUCGAGUAUAUUCGGUGCCUGCAGCUGCAUGUCGCCAAUGUAGACCAGGACUUUGGGGCGCAGCAGAUUGACGAGGCCCUGGAGCGCGAGCUUCUAAGGGACGGGGCCGAUCUCGAUCCGGAGGAGGACUGGGGCCUCGCGUAUAAGGAGCUGCCUGCGAGUUUCGACGACGAGUUUGAGGAGACGGUCUGCAGAGUGCAGUAG